GAGUCGAAUGUCGCGCUGCAUCUCGGAAAUAUGCCGUGACUGUACACGUCUUGGCUGUUUUACCAGCGGAAGUGCCAUCGUCAGUCGGCCCCGGCAACGGGUUCGCGCGCAGAGUAUUUGAGAAGAACAUCAUCGGUCAACCCUCACCGCUUCGACAACGAGAUAUACGUGCAUUAUUUGGCGUCUGACGAUCCUAUUAAUCCUCCUGCUGUCAAACACGGUGUGCCAAGGAGACGACGCCAGUGGACGCCAUGAUGGACGGUAUAUGUGACACUGCCGACAUCUUAAACAGCGUGCCUGCGAAGAAGACAAUCCAUGCUGAUACCAUAGAUCUCUCGGAUAAGUCCCUGCAGGUGGACAUUUCGGAUGCUCUCAGCGAAAAGGAUAAAGUAAAGUUUACUGUACAUACAAAAACUACUCUACCUGAAUUUCAAAAGCCGGACAAUCUAGUUGUGAGGCAGCAUGAAGAGUUUGUAUGGCUCCAUGAUCGAUUUGAAGAGAACGAAGAGUAUGCUGGUUACAUUAUUCCACCAUGUCCACCAAGACCGGAUUUUGAUGCGUCACGUGAGAAGUUGCAAAAACUUGGCGAGGGUGAAGGAAAUAUGACACGUGAAGAAUUUAAUAAGAUGAAGCAAGAAUUAGAAGCGGAAUACUUAGCCACUUUUAAGAAAACUGUUGCUAUGCACGAAAUGUUUUUGACCAGACUGGCGCAUCAUCCAGUUUUUCGGAAUGAUCAUAAUUUGAGGGUAUUCUUAGAAUACGAUCAAGAUCUUUGUGUACGAGGAAAGAAUAAAAUGGAAAUGUUUGGUGGUCUAGUAAAGUCGUUUUCUAAAACUACCGAUGAAUAUUAUUUAUCGGCUACAGUAAAAGAUGUGAAUGAUUUCUUUGAUCAAGAAAUGACAUUCCUUCAAACUUAUCACCAUAAUCUAAAAGAAGCAACAAGGUUGGCUGAUCGUCAAACAGCUAAACAUAAAGAUGUAGCAGAUUCAUAUAUAAAGAUUUCCACCAAUCUUUUACAAUUAGCUACAACAGAUACUGGAAAACUUGAAAGAUUUUUAACUAAAAUUGCUGAGACUUUCGAGAAAUUACGAAAAGUUGAAGGACGGGUAGCAUCAGAUGAGGAUUUAAAAUUAUCAGACACUCUUCGUUAUUAUAUGAGAGAUACAGCUGCAGCUAAAAGACUUCUCUUUAGAAGACUGAAAGCUUUACACGAAUAUGAAUCUGCGAAUCGCGCCCUUGAAAAAGCUCGUGCCAAAAAUAAGGAUGUUCACGCAGCACUGGAAGUUGCUGAGGCGGAACACGCACAGACUGAAGCAUGUGAGAAAUUUGAACAGAUGUCUGAUAAAGGAAAAGAAGAAUUAUUAGAUUUCAAGACUAGGCGAGUAGCAGCAUUUAAAAAGAAUCUCAUUGAAUUAACAGAGCUGGAAAUAAAACAUGCUAAAUCGCACGCGGAAUUGCUCAAGAAAUGUUUAUCCGUACUCCGGGAAGAGUGAUCUUUUAGCGUUGCCAUGGAUAAACCUAUAUGCAUGCGUCUUGUAUGCAGAUAACAGUUUAUUUAA